AUGGUGUACGCCAUGCAGUUAGCGGCCUACCUUACUACGUGGAUUGCCUACCCUAUAGGAAUCUCGUCAUGCUUUAUUCGGCUUUAUUGUCGCUUCUUUGUAACGCAAAACUGGGGCCUGGACGACUGGUUCGCAGUGGCGUCUAUGUUAGCCAUUGUCGGACAAUUGGCUCAAUGGCAGCUACUGCUCAAUUUGGGCUGCGCCGGGCCUGAACCAAAUCCAUGCAACUAUAUGGACCCAGGAGGGAAACUAUUACUGCUUCUUUUCAUCCAGGAGAUCUUUUACUAUGUUGUUCACUGGUUGAUCAAGGCGUCGUUCCUCGUCUUUUACCUGCGCCUUUCGCCUGAAGUGGGUUUUCGUAGGCUGAUAUGGAUCGGUCUGGCAGCGAACACAAUAAUGCUCAUUUUCAACGAGCUCAUCUCCAUCCUGCAAUGCAACCCGGUCAUUGCCGUCCUGAAGCCAUUUGAGCAUCCCGAGGCCAAGUGCCUAGAGAGACUCGUUGUCUUCUUCGUUCCAGCCAGCCUGAACAUCCUCCUUGACAUCUACAUCCUUGUGCUACCCAUUCGCGUAGUCUGGGCACUUCAAAUGCCACUUCGUCGCAAGAUCGCGGUCCUCUCCGUCUUCACCUUUGGCACAUCUGCCCUGUUCGUCGGCCUCGUUCGCUUCCACUCACUUAUCUCGCUGAAUGAGUUUACGAAUACUGCUUACGGGGUCGGAGAAAUGUUGAUUGUCGCGGCACUUGAAUUCAAUCUCGCCGUCGUCGCCUUGAAUUUACCAGCCAUGAAAUGUCUUUACCUCAAGAUGAUGGGCCGGGACACUAUGGGUGGCAGCUCGGGACCCAGUAACACCCCAGACGGAAAGAAGGGAGUGUAUGGGUUGAGCAGUCUAGGACGCAAGGCACAGAAGCAGAAGCUCAAUGAUCUGGGAACUAUCACAAGAUUGGAGCAGAAUGUCCCAGGAACGGAGAGCGAGGAAGAAUUGUGGCAAAAGGGCCUCAGUGGAAAGAAAAAUGAUGACGCUGGGAUCAUGGUAACGAAAGAUGUAACACAGGAGAGCUCGGAGUCCGUUGAAGAGUACACGAUUGCUGAGAACGCGCGGAAGUCUCUAGUGUGGGGUCCCGAACGGUAA